AGAAAAACUAGUACCCAUUUUAGACCUUGAUUUCCCGUGACUUCUUCUUCUCCUGUCUCUCUCUCUCUCUCUUUCAACUCUUGACCUAUCUUUCUCUCUCUACAUUUAUUGAAAGUUUAGACUUAGAACGUUGUAUUUUUUUCAUUAAUCUUUGGGGCAAUACCAGCCGUUUUAGUAGUUAGUUUUUGGGCUAUUGAUUCGAUUCUAGGAGAUGUGCGUUCAUGGUGAGGAGAAGGGGCGAUGGAUUCAGGCUUGGAGAGGCCGGAUUAAUAAUUGUCACUGUUAAGUCUUUAAGCCGAUGCCUUCGUUUUUUAGCACCUCAUACCCAGGGAGCUCGGAGUGAUUGCUGUUUUCAAUUAUUUGGUUUUUUUUGUUGUUUUUUUAAGAUAAUUUUGCAGAAUGGUUUUGAUGGGGAGGAACAGGGGCAAAAUAAUUGAUAAUAGGAAAGCCAGAAAGAGGCCCAAAAGUUCUCGAAAUGGGGAUUCUGAUGAUUCAGAUGAGGAUUUUGUUCCGGAAGAAGGAGAAGAAGAAAUCGAUUAUGACUGUGAUUACACCGGGUAUUCAUGCUCAUCGAGGGAUGAAACAGAGAGAAGCUUGGAUUUCUCUUCGACCAGUGAGUCAGAGGGAAACCGGAAGGUGUCGAGGGCAAAACCCAGAAGAAGGUUUGCCGGAAAGUCCGGUUCUAGAAACAGAGGCAAAAGGUCCGGGGUUAGGGUUUCGAGUGAGGAAGACGAGGAGGAAUUCAGACCUGAUUCAGAUGAAAUGGAGGAUGAAGAGGAUAUUGCAAUUUCAAAGGGAUUUCGAUCUGUGAAAAAAGUUUCAGCGAAGAAAUCUAUUCGAAAAAGAAAGACCAAAGUUCCAACCAGGAAAAGAAAGAAGAAAUCAAGGAGCAAAAAGGUUAGGAGAAGAGUGAUGUCCAUUUCUGAUGAUGAUUGGGAUGACGAUGACGAUGACUACAUUGAUGACGAUGAUGAUGAAUUUGUAAUCGAGAAAAGAAGCCUCAGGGGAAAGAAGAUAUCGAAAGCAAGGCGAAGUACAAAAUCAAGACCCAAAAGAAUUGCAAAGCCAAGAGCUUUAUCUGAUUCCGAUUAUAAGGUUUCUGAAUCAGACCCGGAUUUCACACUAUCUGAAAAGGAAAUUGAUGAUGAAAUUGAACCUGCAAGAAAAGCCAAUGACCGUGUUGUUCUACGCAGUCGUCCUAGAAAUUCAUCUUCCUUGAAAGGCCAUUUCGAAGAAAGCAAGAAGAUGGAAUUGUCCAGAGUUAGGAAAAAUUCGUCUUCCUCAAAAAGGCACGAUGAGGAAUGCAAAAUGAGAGAUGGAUCUGCAGUGCGAAAGGGAAAGGAGAAGGUUGAGAGCUCGGCAAGUUGUUUGGGCAAGAGGAUAUGUGGUAUAUGUCUUUCAGAGGAGAGAAAGGGAAGUAUUCGUGGUUCCUUGAAUUGUUGUGAUCAUUACUUUUGCUUUGGGUGUAUAAUGGAAUGGUCGAAGGUGGAAUCUCGCUGCCCGAUAUGUAAGCAAAGGUUUGUGUCCAUAAAUAAGUUUGGAGGAGUGGAUACAGGAGUAAGGAGCAUGUCAAUUAGGAUACCCAAGCGUGAUCAGGUUUAUGAACCUUCAGAAGAAGAAUUAAGGGGUUAUCUUGACCCAUAUGCAAAUAUUGUUUGUAUGGAGUGCCAGCAAGGUGGCGAUGAUAAUCUUAUGUUACUUUGUGACAUUUGUGAUUCUUCUGCGCAUACAUAUUGUGUCGGUCUGGGGAGAGAAGUACCCGAUGGUAAUUGGUACUGCGAUGUUUGUAGAUGUAAUGACCCCGGUGAAGUUCAGGAUUCUAUGGUGAACCAAGCCACUAUUGAUAUUGGUUUAAACUCCAAGCAGUCUACGGGUGUUAAUGACAGAGAUGGGUUCACCUCCCCUCAACCCAUGGGAUCUUCACCUGUACAAUCAAGUCCUUAUCCUGAAGUUUGGUCACAAGUGUCUCGUUCAACUGUAUCAGGUCGAAGAAGGUUGCGACGCCAAAUCCAUGUUUUGCUCUCAAAUAACCGAAUGUCCCAAACAGAUGAAAUUGCUGACAAUGCCUCUCUUGAUGCUUUAGGGAAUGGGAAACCAAGUCUUGGUGAGAGUUCCUCCAGGCUUAUGGAAGACCCAGAGGCCUCAAUUGGUUUAUUGAGCAAUUCAAGGAGGUCAGAUUGUCAUGUUGUUAAUAAUAGCUCAGAUGAGGGAAAAGUGGCCGUUUUUGGAUCUUGUGCUCCAUUGUCAUCUUGUGCAGAGCCUCAUGUAAAUGGUUUCCGAAGAGUUGAGGGUGCCAAGAAACUAGUGUUUGCCAUGGUGAAAGACCAUUUAAAUGGUUUGCUCAGGGAUGGGAUAAUAGGGAGAAGUCAUUUCAAGAAGAUCGCUAGGCGUUGUACCCACACCAUUUUGGCAGCCUGUGGAAUCAAGCACAAAGAGAGCAUAGCAAUAUCUUUUCCACCCCCUGAAUGCUCUCACAUUGAGGAAAACAGAGAAUAUGCAGAGCUGAUGAGAGGUGUAUGCUCCUCAUGUUUUAAUACCUUUCUGAAGGAUGUGGUUCUCAGGCUUGAAUCUAUAAUCACUGAAGUAGAGGACUAGAGAUAAGGUAGGGGAAGGACCAAUGAAUAAAAUAGGCAGAGGGUGAGAGCCUUUUUUACAAGGCUUUGAAUAAUAGUGUGACUAUUGCUUCUCUAGCACCAUAACAUUUUUUUGCCCCCCAACAGUUCUAACAAUUAAACUUGAUUGUGGAAGAUGAGUAGGAACUGUUUUAGACUGGCAGAGCCUGCCCUUGAUGAGUGUAACAUGUUGCUAUUUUUCUCAUUAUUGAGCAUUAGAGCUGAACUUUAUUUAGAAGUUUUCUCA